AUGCUAAUUGAAGGUGGAGCAAACAUACACUGUGUUAAUAAUGAAGGACUCAAUGCACUAAUGAUAGCGUCUAAAAAUGGGCGAUACAAAGUAGUUGAUAUUUUAAUAAGCCUUGGAGCCGACGUACUCUUAGUAAACGGAAGUGGUUUCAACGCAUUAAUUUUAGCAUCUGUAAAUGGACACGAGAAGGUCGUAGAUGUUCUAAUCAAAGGUGGAGCAGAUGUUGGUCAUUUAGAUGUAAAUGGACUAAGUGCUUUAACGUACGCAUCAAUAAAUGGACACGACAAGGUCGUAGAUAUCUUAAUUAAAGCUGGAGCAGACGUUCGUCAUGUAAAAAAUGGUUUCAGUGAAUUAAUGAUGGCAUCGCAAAAUGGACACGAUAAGAUCGUAGAGAUUCUGAUCACAGGUGGAGCGGACGUUAAGUAUGUAGAUGAAAAUGGACUGAGUGCAUUAAUGUGCGCAGCUCUUAAUGGACAUGACAAGGUCGUAGAUAUUCUAAUAAAAGGCGGAGCAGACAUACAUGUAGGGGUUAAUGGAAUGGAUGCUUUAAAGCUUGCAGCAGUACAUGGACACGACAAGGUCGUAGAUGUUUUGAUUAAUGGUGGAGCAGACGUUAAUAACUUUAAUCUAAUGAGUACAUUAAUGAUUGCAUCCCAAAAUGGGAAAGACAAUGUCGUAGAUGUUUUAAUAAAACAUGGGGCAGACGUACUUCUUGUUACUGAGGAUGGUUGGAGUGCAUUAAUGUUUGCAUCUGGUAAUGGACACGAGAAUGUCGUUGGUAUUCUAAUUAAAGGUGGAGCAAAGAUAGACCAUGUUAACGACAAAGGACAAAGUGCGUUAGUGCUAGCAUCUCUUAAUGGACACGACAAGGUGGUAGAUACUCUUAUACAAGGUGGAGCAGACAUACACCACGUCAGUGUAGAUGGAUGGAAUGCAUUAACGAUUGCAGCUUCUAAAGGGCAUGACAAGGUUGCGGAGAUUUUAUUAAAUGGUGGUGCAGACGUACGCCAUGUAAACAAAAAAGGUUGGAAUGCUGCAAUGCUUGCAUCACGUAAUGGACACACCAAGGUCCUAGAAAGUCUAAUUAAAUGUGGAGCAGACAUACACCACGUCCUUAAUGAAGGAUUGAAUGCAUUAAUCAUAGCAUCACUCAAAGGGCACAAUAAGGUCGUGGAUAUUCUAAUUAAAGCUGGAGCAGACAUAGAUUAUGUAAACAAAAACGGGAUGAAUGCAGUAAUGCUUGCAUUAUUAAAUGGACACUACAAAAUCGUAGAUAUUCUAAUGCAAGGCGAAGAAGACAUACACAAUGUACACGAAAAUGGACUGACUGAAUUAAUGAUCGAAUCACUUAAUGGACACGACGAGGUUGUAGAUACUCUUAUACAAGGUGGAGCAGAUAUAAACUAUGUCAUAUUUGAUGGAUGGAAUGCAUUAAUGAUUGCAGCUGCCAAUGGACAUGACAAGGUCGUGGACAUUUUAUUAAAAGGCGGUGCAGACGUACUGCAUGUAAACAAAAAUCGUUGGAAUGCAUUAAUGUUUGCAUCACGUAAUGGACACGAAAAAGUCGUAGAACUUCUAUUUAAAUACAAAGCUGACACAAAACAUGUUAUAGAAAACGGAUUGAAUGCAUUAAUCAUCGCAUCACUCAAUGGGCACGAACAGGUCGUGGAUAUACUAAUUAAAAGUGGCGCAGACAUAGACCAUGCAAACAAGAAUGGGAUGACUGCACUAAUGGUUGCAUCACUAAAUGGACACGACAAGGUCGUAUAUAUUUUAAUUAAAGGUGGAGCAGACGUUCGCCCUGCACACCCAUUUGGACUGAGUGCGUUAACGCUUGCAUCACACAACGGACAUGACAACGUUGUAGAUGUUUUAAUUAAAUAUGGAAUAGAAAACUUGCGUGACAUUGAAGUUAGAAUGAAUGGAUUAGUGCUUUCAUCGCGAUAUGGACACCAUAACGUUGUAGAUUUUCUAAUUGAAUAUGGCGCAGACGGACAGUAUGUAAACACACAUUUGAAUGACGCUAUAAUGUAUGCAUCUGAAAACGGACACGAUAAGGUCGUAGAUACUCUAAUCAAACACUCAGUAGGCAUAAUCAAUGAAGAUAGAUGGGGGGAUUCAUUAAUGAUUGCAUCUCAAAACGGACACGAUAAGGUCGUAGAUAUUCUAAUUAAAGGUGGAGCAAGUUUUCAAUAUAAAAACGAAGAUGGAUGGGAUGCAUUAAUGGUGGCAUCUCUAUAUGGCUAUGACAAGAUCGUAGAUAUUUUAAUUACAGGUGGAGCAGAAGUAUGUAAUGUAAACAAUGAUAAAUUUAGUGCAUUAAUGAUUGCAGCUGAAUAUGGACACGACAAGGUGGUAGAUAUUCUAAUACAAAAUAGAGCAAAUAUACAUCUUGUUAAAGAAGAUGGGUAUGAUGCAUUAAUGAUUGCAUCUCAAAACGGACACGAUAAGGUCGUAGAUAUUCUAAUUAAAGGUGGAGCAAGUUUUCAAUAUAAAAACGAAGAUGGAUGGGAUGCAUUAAUGGUGGCAUCUCUAUAUGGCUAUGACAAGAUCGUAGAUAUUUUAAUUACAUGUGGAGCAGAAGUAUGUAAUGUAAACAAUGAUAAAUUUAGUGCAUUAAUGAUUGCAGCUGAAUAUGGACACGACAAGGUGGUAGAUAUUCUAAUACAAAAUAGAGCAAAUAUACAUCUUGUUAAAGAAGAUGGGUAUGAUGCAUUAAUGAUUGCAUCCCAAAAUGGGCACGAUAAGGUCGUACAUGUUUUAAUACAAUGUGGGGCAACUAUAAACUAUGUAAAUGAAGACGGGUGGAAUGCAUUAAUGAUUGCAUCCCAAAGUGGAUACGAAAAGGUCGUAAACCUUCUUAUUAACUGUGGAGCUGGCAUACACCAUGCGAAAGCAGAUGGAUGGAAUGCAUUAAUGAUUGCAUCUCGAAAUGGACACGACAGUGUCGUAAAUCUUUUAAUUAAAGGUGGGGCAUGUAUUAACACUGUGAAAGAAGAUGGAUGGGAUGCAUUAAUGAUUGCAUCUUUAUUUGGACACGUCAAGAUUGUAGAAAGUCUUAUCAGUAGUGGAGCAGAUACACGCUAUGUCACAAAAGAUGGAUACAAUGCAUUAUUGUUUUCCUGUACCAAGGGACACGAUCAAGUCGUAGAAACUCAUAUUAAACGUGGAGCAGACAUACAUCAUGUCGACAAAUAUGGAUUGAAUGCAUUAAUGUUUGCCUGUAACUAUGGACAUGACAAAGUCGUGGAUAUUCUAAUCAAAAGUGGAGCAGACGUAAACUACAUGAACAAAAAUAAAAUUAACGCGUUAUUGGUUGCAACUGAAAAUGGACACGACAAAAUCGUAGAUAUUCUAAUACAUGGUGGAGUAGAUAUCCAUGUUGAAGAAGAUGAUGGGUGGGAUGCAAAUGCAUUAAUGAUUGCAUCUAGAUAUGGGCACGACAAAGUGGUAGACACUCUAAUUAAAAGUGGAGCAGACAUAAAUUAUAUGGACAAAGAUGGAUUGAAUGCACUCAUGUUAGCCUGUUACAAUGGACACGAUAAGGUCGUAGAUAUUCUAAUACACUGUGGAGCAGAUAUGCUCAAAAUCAAUGAGAAUGGUUGGGAUGCGUUUAUGACUGCAUGUGAAACUGGACACGAGAAAACGUUAAAUAUUUUUCUAAACAAUCUAGCUAACGAUGUAUCUAUGGAAAGAGGCAACAUGUUGUUUCUGGUUCUGCCCACUGUGUAUUUAGUCGACUUAUGUUUUAUUGCGUUUCAAAAUGCACAUACACAAGUUAUUGACAUGCUUUCGUUGUUCUAUGAUAAAACAAUAGAUAAAAAGAAGUCAAAAUCUGCUUUCCAUCACAUUACUUCAAAACUUAAAACAGCAUUGAGCAACUGUGGACUUACAGAUCAAAUACUACAAGUGCAACUUAACGAUAAUUUCGAAACCAAGGGACAUGAUCUUCACAAUUGUAAACAGUCAAUCAGUUGUUUUUUAAAAAUGUCAGCUUCUGUUCUCAAUAAACAGACACCAAGCUUUGAAGAACUGCUCGACUUUGUUUCUGAUAUAAUGUCUGAGUUUACAAGCAUGAGGGUCUUCGACGCUUUACAUUUCUUCAUCUACCAGAGAUGUUUAUCGACAAUUAGCUCUACUCUAAACAAGGGAGAUCGACUGAAGUUUUUCUCUUCUCUUUUACAACUUAACUAUAUUGACGAGACGAUGAAAUACUUACAAGAUGAAAACUUUCUCGAUACAACAGCACCAGGUUUUACAACGCCUUUAGUCCGUGAUAUGUUGAGUCUUUUGUGCGAUGGUAGUCAUUACUCUUCAGAUUUCGCUAUGCGCUUGACCGAGUUGAACAUCCUAAAUAUAUUCACUGACUUUCUUCAAUCAAUCCAAUAUGUUCAGAAUGCAAAUACCCGAUUUAUUACAAAAAUCGUAAUCCUUACUCUACACAACAUAGCACGGAGGGAAGGUGCUAAAAAAUAUUUUACUAGUAGCAACACAACCGAAGCUGUACUGAGCACAAAAUCCAUGGGCAAAAAGACUUGGUUUAUAUCACAGCUUCUACUUCUGCUAAUCGAGGCAGGCUUUAUUGCAGAAAAAUGGGUAUUAGAAAAGUUACUUCUUGCGGUAAAAGGGGAGGAUAAGGAACUAUCUGAAUGGCAAUAUUCUGAGCUGCUUCAAGGACUGAGUAAAUUUACAGAGCAAGAUCAAUACUUGAACCAGAUCAUACCAUGCCUUCCAGACCUCAAAGAGAUUCUCAAACAUGACGAUAUAGAAGAACAUAUUUUUACUACAAAAUGUUUUAAAGACUUGAGUAGAAAUCCGGAGGCGUGUAAAAAAAUGAUAGGAGAUGAAACAUUAAUUAGUGAUUUGUUCAAUAAAUCAUUAAGCAUGGAUAACAGGAGUAUUUCAGCAAAUGUACAUUCUAUACGAUGGAGAACGGGACGUGCAACAGGAAGAUUACCACCCAAAGCAGAAUUCCUAGUGUCUGACGAGUUUCCGACAGAAUUUAAAAUUAUUCCGACACCGUUAGCACAGGGAGGUUUUGGUAGCGUCCACUUUGUCAUCGAUAUCAACCAGCCUGAUGAUGUACAAUUUGUUGCAAAGAAAACGUUGCGAAAACUAAGUGGCACAGACAAAUGUAUGGAAACUUUUCAAAAAGAAGCGUCGAUAUUAAUCAGUCUCAAACAGGAGAGGAUUGUACAAUUUCACGGAUUUCAAAAAACCGAAACUGAAUUAUUGUUAUUUUUGGAGUUUGUCAAAAUGGGUACACUUACUGCCUUUGUUAAACAACACACAAGACUAAAUGAAGCUUUGACAAGACAGUUUACAAUUCAAAUUCUUGAAGGCGUUAAAUACUUGCAUGAAAAUAAAAUUGUGCAUUUAGACAUUAAAGGCAACAAUAUUCUGAUGGCUGAUGAAGCAAACAUAAAACUAACAGACUUUGGCUUGUCGACAAUACUAAACGAGGAAGAAGGAGUUGAAGCAGAAAAGGGCACAACUCGAUACAUGGCCCCAGAGAUGAUUAACUGCCCUGAAGGGAGAAUAUUUAAAUAUGAAAUUAGCCUGGACAUAUGGAGUGUAGGAAGCACUGUUGUAGAGAUGGUAACAGGCGUACCACCAAACUCAACUACUGCAUCGGUCAAUGUAAUAUUUAAAAGAGCGAAUCUUGAGAAACCUAAAUACAAUCUACCAGUAGAAUCAUCCAUUUAUUUGCAACAGUUUCUAGAAAAAACAUUUAGACUUGAAGCAGCAGAAAGACCGUCUGCAGAAACUUUGCUGAAGGAAGACGCGUUUGUGACUGGUUGCAUAUAAUUCACUGUUUACAUUGGGUAUAACAUCAGUGUAAUUAUAAUUUUUGUUUGGAUGAACUAUUUUUGCCUAUUUAAUUACAAUUUUAAUUAAUCUUCUAUCAUUUAACGAAUCUGUUAUGUAUUCAACUGCAGUUUUCUUUUAUUUAGAUUUUAUUUAAUACAGUUUUUCCAUUACAAUUGCAAAACGUAUAAGUUUAAAUGACUGAGAUAAACCUAUUUUUAUUAAAGACUUGUUAAAACACAGCUGUAUUCACAUUUCAAUAUAUAGGCUACACUAGUAUUUUUUAAACAAUUAAUUCCUUUAUUUCUUGUCGGUUACUAUAAUUUUUGAUUCAACGAACCUAAAUAUACAAUAGGCCUACUAUUCCAGUCGUUGUAUCAAUAUCUUAAACAUUAAAAACAAACAACUAUAUAGGGGUCUUCCAUAAAUGAUGGCACACGUGUAUGUGGGAUGGGGGUCCGUAGUUUUGUGACGGUGUGAGAUUAGGGUGCGCGGAGGUUCAGAUGGUUUGGCGUCGCACCAACAGAGUUUAGACAAGAUUUUGGAAAAAAAAUAUCGAUGUUUUAAAUUAAGAAAUAUUAAACUGCAAGUUUGAGAGGGGGGGGGGGAUGAUUGUAGAGUCCAAAAAACGUGACGUCAUUUAUGUAUGACACCAUAGGCAUACUGUACUUGUAACAUGUUCGUGGAUUUUUUUUAACCAGUUAAACAACGCAAAUCGGCUUAUUGUGCAUGAUUAAACCUAGUAAAACAUAUUGUGUAACAUUCAUCUAUAUA